AUGGGAAAUAUUGCCUUUUUCGGUUCUAUUUCAAACAUAAGUCGUGCACAGGCAGGAAAUAAGUCAAAGCUCAGCCUCAGGUGUGCAUUCAGCUCUGCCAGCACUCACGUGUCUUCUCUCUGCCCUUGCUGUGUCCAGGGCCGGGCGCGCAGGCUCCCACCCGGCCAGCACAGGCAUUGUGAGGGAUGCAUCAACCGCCACUGCCACGUCCCUGUGGAGCCCAGCGUAUCCUGCCUGGUGAUAAGCUGCCACCUCCUCUGUGGCGCGACCUUCCACAUGUGCAAAGAGGCAGAGCACGCGCUCCUCUGCCCUCUGGAGCAGGUUCCCUGCCUCAACUCUGAGUACGGCUGCCCGCUCUCUAUGUCCCGCCACAAGCUGGCCAAGCACCUACAGGUGUGCCCCGCCAGCGUGGUCUGCUGCUCCAUGGAGUGGAACCGCUGGCCCAACAUAGACUCAGAAACCGUCCUUCAUGAGAACAUCAUGAAAGAGAUCCCCAGCGAGGAGUGUUUGGACAUAGCCCUGGCCCUUCAGGACCAGAAGGUUCUCUUCAGAUCCUUGAAAAUGGUAGAGCUUUUCCCAGAGACCAGAGAUGCCAGCGAGGAAGAACCAGCCGUGAAUGGUGAUGCCGACUGGGAGCAGAUGGGUGGCGCGGUGGGGGGAGUGGAUGCCAGGGCAGUAUCACACUGCUGUCUGCAGGCGGCCAAUGGGGAGAUGAUAGAGCUGAGUCAGAAGGAGCGAGAAGCACUGGCCAAAACCAAGGAAGGGAUGGACCUGGCCAAGUUCGGCAAGUGGGAAAAUAUGUUCAGCAAGGAGCAUGCAGCCGCUGUGUUAACAGGUUCCUCUGGGAAGAGUGAGGGCAGCGGCAGGAACCAGGCUGGGGAAGACCAGGGUUCCUGUGUCGCUAGCAGGGCGGAUGCCCAGAGUGCUGUCCAGGGGAGAGAACAGGAAAGCCAGAAGCAGCAGGACUCUCCCGCCCCCAUGGAGAUGACAGGGCUUGCCCCCUGGCAGGAUGGUGUUCUGGAAAGACUGAAAACAGCUGUAGAUGCAAAGGAUUAUAACAUGUAUCUCGUGCACAAUGGGCGGAUGCUCAUUCACUUCGGGCAAAUGCCUGCUUGUACACCAAAGGAGAGAGACUUCGUUUAUGGCAACCUCGAGGCUCAAGAAGUGAAGACUGUUUACACCUUCAGAGUUCCUGUGAGCUACUGUGGAAAACGAGCUCGCCUGGGGGAUGCCAUGUUGAAGUGCAGGCCAAGUGAACAUAAGGCAGUGGACACUUCAGAUUUGGGCAUGACUGUGGAGGAACUGCCCAAAUCUGAUCUCAUCAAGACCACCCUCCAGUGUGCUUUGGAAAGAGAACUCAAAGGUCACGUCAUCUCUGAAUCCAGGAGUAUUGAUGGGCUUUUCAUGGAUCUUGCCACCCAGACAUACAACUUUGAGCCAGAGCAGUUUUCCUCACAGACUGUGUUGGCUGACCUCCUAAGCACUGCCAACCCUGGGGGACUGCACGUGGAGCUUCACAGCGAGUGUGUGACCAGGAGACAUAACAAAAGCAGCUCUGCCUUUACUUUCACCUGUAGCAAAUUCUUCAGGAGGGAUGAGUUUCCUCUGCACUUCAAGAAUGUCCACACAGACAUUCAGUCAUGUCUCAACGGCUGGUUCCAGCAUCGAUGCCCUCUGGCCUACUUGGGAUGUACAUUUGUUCAAAACCACUUCCGCCCUCCUGGGCAAAAGGCAAAAGUGAUCUACAGUCAGGAGCUUAAGACCUUUGCCAUCAAGCCAGAAGUUGCUCCAGAACUGAGUGAGGGAAGGAAGAGUAACCAUCUCUCAGGCCAUGGUGGGAAGAGCGAGAAUUCUCUAACCAGCCUUCCCCUGGAGGUGUUGCAGUACAUUGCUGGCUUCCUGGACAGCAUCAGCCUGUCCCAGCUCUCCCAGGUGUCAGUGCUGAUGAGGAAUAUUUGUGCCACUUUGUUACAAGAGAGAGGAAUGGUCCUUUUGCAAUGGAAGAAGAAGAGACACUCUCAUGGAGGCACCUCCUGGAAAGUCCACAGACAGAUCUGGCAGUUCAGCAGCCUCUUCUCCAAGAUCAAGAGCUGGGAGUUUAAUGAAGUCACCUCCAUGUCCGAGCACCUGAAGGCCUGUCCUUUCAACAUCGUGGAGCACAGGACUGAUCCGAUUCGUUUGACCAGCAUGUGUCAGCCCCAUGAGCAGGCCCGAGAGAGCUUAGUGUCCACCUUCAGAGCCCGAACAUGGGGAAAACACACUAAAGAUUCACAUUGCUAAUCUUGACUUCUCAGAGUCACUGUCAAGUAGGACAGUGUGGUUGAGGACGCCCUUCUGAACUUGCAUAUCUGCUUCUCUGGGUGUGGGACAUACAAAGUCCUUCCAGUCUCAGCAGCUACACUAGGCCGAAACAUUUUCCAAGCUAUGGCUUAUACAGUAGUGCUACAUAUUUGACUUAUUUCUUUCCUCUUUUCCUUUUCCCAAAAUAGAUCAGUCUGGGGAGAAAAUAAGUACCAUACCUUAAGUCCAUUUCAAAAAUGAACCCAAGUUCUUAGUUGAUAAAAGAGCCAAGAAAUUCCAUCACUAGCACAAGCCUAGGAUUUUACAUGGGUUUUCUAGUUUACAAACCACCUUCAAGUUCUUGGGACAGGCAGUGCAGGAACAGGUUCUGAGGAACAGUGACCUCCCAGGUUACCCAGGGAAGACAGCAUGCAGCUGGCAGGUUCUGGAGCGUGGUCUGUCUUGACAGACAAGUCCAGGACUUCUUUUAGUAACUCCACUGUCUCUGAGUCCAGGUGGUUCUGACUCAGCCCAACAGAAUGGAGCCCCCUUCCCUGGAUGAGUACAGCAGUUUUAAGGACACCACAGGCCAAAGCACAGAAUGGUCAUGAAUUCACAGAGUCUGUUGUGUAGAAACUUAGCCACACAAAGAAAGAAAAUCUUAGUUGGGUAUGGUGGUUCAUGCCUUUAAUCUCAGUACUUGGGAGGCAGAGGCAGGUGGAUCUCUGUGAGUUCAAGGCCAGCCUGGUCUACAUAGUGAGUUCUAGGACAGCUGGGCUGCAGGUACAGGGAGACCUUGUCUCAAAAGACCAAAAGAAAAAAAAAAAAGAAGGAAAAAAGGGAAAUCUUUAAAAUGAAGGUGAGUCUAAGGGCUUCUGGGAGCCCUGAUUGAGAACUAGCUCCUGAUUGAGAACUGCCACUCUAAGGGAUGGCAUACCAGUGACAGUAAGUUAGGAUACUCUUACUUUUUAGUGUGGCAAAAUCUUAUCUCACAUAGCUUCUCACAGUAGCUAUGAUUUAAUGUAACUUUUACUUAUUUACAAAAUAAGUUUUAGAUACGUGGUAGUUAAGUUGGGAACCAGAUGGACUGAUUUACCUGAUAUAGCUUUGCAUCCUUGGGCUACAAUGUAAGAAUAUAUCCUCUCUGUCCUUUUUA